UCCCCAGUCCCCACAGCCGCCUCCAGAGUUCAAACCACCCAUCACCGUCUCCCUCCCCCCUUCAGUUCGGAGAGCUCGAGAAGGAGGAAGGCGAAGCGGCGGGAGCGGAGGGCCGACGAGAUGCAGAUCUUCGUGAAGACGCUGACGGGGAAGACCAUCACCCUCGAGGUCGUGAGCAGCGACACCAUCGACAACGUCAAGGCCAAGAUCCAGGACAAGGAAGGCAUCCACCCGGACCAGCAGCGCCUCAUCUUCGCCGGGAAGCAGCUGGACGAUGACCGCACCCUCGCCGACUACAACAUCCAGAAGGAGUCCACGAUCCAUCUCGUGCUCCGCCUCCGCGGGGGCGCCUGCCUGAUCGAGCCCAACCUCAAGGCCCUCGCCCAGAAGUACAACCAGGGCAAGCUCAUCUGCCGCAAGUGCUACUCACGCCUGCCUCCUAAGGCCAAGAGUUGCCGCAAGAAGAAGUGUGGCCACAGCAACCAGCUGCGGUCAAAGAAGAAGUGCAGGUACUGAUGAAGUGCCAUGAAUGAUCAGUUCAACCGGUUGACUACCUGUUUAAGCUUGCCAGAAGUGUCAGAGUUUUAAUAAGCAUCUUAAUGUAAUGUUCCUGCUGGAUGCUGAGCGCUGUCUCUUUCGAAAACUUGUUUUAUGGUUCCGGUGCAUGCUCGAGACAUGAUUGUAACAUGACAGCUUAGCUGUUUUGGCUGGAGGGAGCACUUGUCUAAUUUAUCAAUGUGCUGUUCUUGUUGUUUUCAA